AAUAAGUGAAACUUGGCGAUCGAGCGAGCGCCGGAGAAUAUUUUUUUGUUUGAACUAACAGUCGCGGCAAGGUGAGAUCGAAGCAGAUCUCUCGCCGGAAAACACCCAAACCGUUUCGCAUCAAUGGUGAAGGCACUGCAAGGCGCGGCUCAGAAUCUGCCGGCGGAUGUGAACCAAUUGAUCGAUCAGUUGGAGCGUCACUGCUUGGCUCCCGAUGGAUCUCUUGUUACCAAAUCAGCCUACUACGAUCUCCAACUCGCCAGAGAGGAGAUGUCUCGGGAGAGACUGCGUUAUUUGGAAGCUAUGGCUAUCUAUUGUGAAGCUGCAGCUAUGGUAGAAGAAUAUCAGCAAGCUCUUUCAGUGGCUAACCAUGGAGGUACUCGGGAUGUUCAGGGUCUUUACCCUCAACUUGGCUUGAAGAAUUCUCCUCAGGUUUAUGAGACUCUAGAGCAUAGGUUGGUGGUUGCUGAGGCAGCUCAGAAGCUGAGGCUACCUCUUAUUUCGGAUGAUGGUGAAAUUCAUGAGGAAGAGAUCGAAAAGUGGAGUAUGCUAUCGAGGAGCUCUCUUGAUAGUGCAACCACGAGUUUUACGAUCAGCUCCGCUUCUAACUCGGUGAACUAUCCGAAUAGCUCUGCAAACAGCGUUGCUUUUGGUGCUGCUGACACUGAUGGAGUUGGUGGUGUGCCGAAUCGCUUUCUUGGAAUUACACCUGCGUAUCUGUCAUAUGUCCAGCUCCAAAAUACUAUGUCCAUGGAUAUGGCUGACUACCAAAUGUUUCUUGCUCGAGAGAUAGAAGGUAGAUUGAAGGACAAGUGUGAUAAGUUGGCUGAUGCCAUUGUUGAUGACACUGAUUCAUCUACCGGAAAUCAAAAUUCAAGUGCUAGGCUCCCAGAAAGGGUUAAGUUUAUAAUUGAGGAGAUUGAAAGAGAAGAAGCAGCUCUACGAGAAGACCUCUACUCUGCUGAUAGGAAAUUUGCAGAAUAUUACAAUGUCCUGGAACAAAUACUCGGGGUGCUUAUAAAGCUUGUGAAGGAUCUGAAGUUAGAACAUCAACACAAAUAUGAUGAGAUGCAGAAGACUUGGUUGUGUAAAAGGUGUGAGACCAUGAACGCAAAAUUAAGGGUUUUAGAACAUAUUCUCCUACUUGAAACAUACACCCCUGAAUCUAUACCAGCCUUGCACAGCAUCAGGAAUUAUCUAGUCGAGGCUACAGAAGAAGCUUCAGCUGCAUACAACAAAGCGGUUACACGGCUGAGAGAAUAUCAAGGAGUAGAUCCGCAUUUUGAUACAAUUGCGAGACAAUACCAUGACAUUGUUAAGAAACUGGAAAACAUGCAAUGGACAAUCCAUCAAGUAGAAAUGGACCUUAAAGCGCAUGCUUGAGAUCGCUACAUUCUCUCUCACACGUUCAUUUUGCCAACAACAGUUAUGACAUAUUAACAAAUCUGUAUGGGAGAAAAGGUCAGUGCAAUCUUAAAUGUUUCAUCAACUGCUUGCAUUAUUCUAUAGUCGCUCGAUUGCUUCAGGAUUUUUGUAAUAUGAAAAUUGUCGAGUUUCUCGUUUGCCUGAGAGAUAUUUUAGUUUAA